UUUGGAGGGGUAAGCACAGCACAUGAAGUCCUUGUCUUCGUUGGACUGACUGGAGCCAUGCAAACAAAGUGCUGACAGGAGCUCCAUCGGAAUCCUUUGUACUGUCUGGCAUACAAAUCAGUUUUCUGAGAUUAAAACCAGGUGCUCCAGAGUUUGGAAAUCAUGGCUGAGAGAAAAAGCAGCACCAGUCCCAGCCUCCAUUCAAAGGGGGGUACUGGGGAGCUCGCUAAACAGGUCCAGAGGAAAUUCAGCCGUGCACAGGAGAAGGUUUUACAGAAGUUUGGUAAAUCUGAAGAGACAAGAGAUGCACAGUUUGAAAUAUUUGUGCAAAAUCUCCAAGAUCAGCAGAGUGAUGGACACAGAAUAUACAAGGAUCUUAAGGCAUACCUAAAUGCUGUCAGAGUGAUGCGAGAUGCAUCCAGUCGUCUUUUUCAGUCUCUGUUCGAUGUUUAUGAGCCUGACUGGGAAGGGGGAGAGGACCUUGGGGCUGUUGUAGAGGGGGAAGACCUGCUAUGGAAUGAUUAUGAGGCAAAACUGCGAGACCAGGCAUUGCUCACAAUAGAAUCUUACAUGAGCCAGUUCCCAGAUAUAAGGGAAAGAGUUGCCAAACGAGGCAGAAAACUUGUGGACUACGAUUCUACUCGUCAUCACCUUGAGUCACUACAGAAUGCCAAAAAGAGAGAUGACAUCAAGAUAGACAAGGCUGAGGAAGAGAUGAAAAUGACCAAAAUCAUCUUUGAGGACAUGAACAGGGAGCUGAAAGAGGAGCUGCCUAUUCUCUAUGAUAGUCGCAUUGGAUGCUAUGUAUCAGUCUUCCAAGCUAUCUCAAACUUGAGAGAUAUCUUCUAUAAGGAAAUGUCUCAGAAUAACAAGGAUUUACAGAAUAUCAUGGUGACUCUAAAAGCCCAGCAUCCUGACAAGAGCUUUGUGGUUAAGAACUUCUGUCGCGGAACAUUGAAGAGGAGGUCCCUAAAAGAUGCAUUGUCUCCCAGAUCACUGAGAAUCAGCUUCUCUGAGCGCUACAUGAGUUACAGUUCUCGAGGUACUCUGAGGAGAGAACAUAGUUCCAGUUUUAGGUCUGACAAGGGCCCAUAUGAGCCUUACAGCACAGAGGUCCUGGUUAGCCCCACUAGACCAAAGCCCCCGAAGAACACCAAUUGUGGGGUUAGGGACACAGACAAAAGUUCCACAAGUGAGGACAAUCAGGAACUAGAGAGUAUACCUUCCACUACACCUGCACCUGUAGUAGAUGUCACACAAGCUUCUGGAAGUGUUCACAGCACUACAAACAAAGAUGCAAAACAAGAGAAUGAAGGUACUGAAACAAAAGAAAGGGAACCACUGCCAGCCUCAGAGCAUGAUCGAAAAAGGAUGGGUUUAGAUCUCAAAGGUGACUCAUCUCCAGAGACUGGUGAUGAGAACAAGCUGGAUUUGAAUAUAAAUCAUUCUGCAGGAGGUAAUACUAAGGUCUUAUCAAUCACUGAAGAUCCUGAAGAGCAGAGCACCCAUCCUGAGGAGAUAAAUGAACCUGGCUCUGGAAUGGAAAAUGGAAUAGCCACUAAUUGCAAAGCAAAUAUAGAGGGACCUGAAGUCUCUUGCAAGGAAAAUGCCAUAAAUGAUCAAAUACUAGAUGAAAUUAAGGAGAAAAUAUUCUGAAACAGAGGACUGUCUUCUAUGUAUAAAAAUGGGAUCAACUGAAUUUAAACCAAAUACACUUCACCUAUCUGGAUAUGAUUACACUAACUCCACAAUUGUCAACCAAAUGAAACUACUACUACUACUAUUGUUAUUAUUAUUAUUAUUAUUAUUAUUAUUAUUAUUAUUAUAAGCAAGCAAUUGUACAAAAUGCCAAUCAACCUGUUGAUCAAGCUUAGACCUUUUAUCCAAUGUAAUUACUCAUCAUGUAAUCUUAUCAACUUGAGACUGAUUAGAAUAUUAACAUAUAAAAAUUAUUUUCCACAUCUGUUUUAUUGUCUUGUGAUUUCAUUUAUAAAGUCAAUUUGAGUGUUUGUUUAUGGGCUUUGAGGUUCCUGUGCUAAAUGUACUUGAUUACAAAUGUAAUAUUUACUUGGUGUGAACGGAUAGAAGACUUAUUAUUCAUUAUUUAAUAAAUUUGAAUGUGUCCAUUGCA